AUGAUCUUGAUAAUAAUCCUAUUGUUAUGCUUUUCUUCAGUAAACUCCAUAGAGAAAUGUCUUGAAUUUCGAACUCAAUUAGAUUGUAUUUAAAGCACUGAUAGUUAAUGUAUAAAUAGUAAACAAAUGAUAGGUGUUUGGGAUUCUGGCUAUUGUUAAUAUACAAAAAACUUAGAGCUUGGAUGUUCAAAUUUAUUAAAUUAAUUGGCAUGUAUCAAAUAAUUAGCUUAUUCAUCAGGAUAAAUUGCAAGAUGUAAUUAUUUUUAUAAAAAAAACAGGUAUUUUUAUAAAGGUGUGUUAACCAGUAUAUGAUUUAACUUAAUUGUCCUGCACAAAUCCUUUAUCUAAACAUUCUUGUUUAGGUAUUUAGAAUAUCAAUUAAUUGUGUUAUUGGGAUCCAAAGACUUAUACUUGUAGUGAAAUAAAAGAAUAAACUUAUUAAGAAGAUUUUGAGAAUGUUCUUUAUAGUGCUUCAGUAUGUGGAAGAAUUAAACGUAAAGAAUGCAAUAUAUACUUAGAUUACUUGAUAAUUCAUAGUUCUUUAAUUUGGCCAUUGAUUUCUUAUACACCAGAUUUUGCUUCUCAAGCUCAAGAUAUUUAUAGAUAAGAUUUAGGUUUGGAGAGUCUAAGUUCUAAUAAAGUUUAUGAUAGUGGAGUACUGGCUAAUAAUAAACUUUAUAGUAAAUGUGAAGAAACUAAUAAAGUUAGUUAUUUUUAAUGGUAUCAUUUUAAUGAUGCAUAAUCUUAUGCUCUUAAUAAUUGUAAUUAAGUUUAUUAUCUAUAAUUUUAGUAAAAAUAAGUGAUAGAUAGAGAGAAGGCUGUAUAGCAUUAUAAAUAGCAGAUGAUAGUGAUUAUUUAUAAAUCUUUUCAACAAAAAUAGAUUCUAUUGGAGUCAAUCAUAUUUAUUGUCGAUAUUAAGGAGGUGUGUUUACUAAUUACAAAUGCUUAUAUUUAAAUAAUGAAUUAUAAUUAAAAGAUACAUCUUACUUAUUAUCUAAUAAGAUAUAUUGUGAUUAAUUAAAUUUGAACUAAUGUCAAUAUAUAGAAUAAGAAUGUUAUCCAAUAUUAAUGGAUGGUAAGAAUGAAUAAGAGGUGACCUGUACAUUUUCAGAAUAGAAAUUGAAAGAAGCUUAAGGUUGUUUAUCUGAUACAUAAUAAUAUAAAACUUAUAGAGAUUGUGCUUCAAUAGUAAUUGUUAAUUAAGGAAGUUAUCUAGAUAUAUCUUAAGUUCCUUCAAUUUGUAGUUCGAAUUGUGUUAGUAAAGAGAAAGAUAAUUGCGAUAUUAGUGUCUGUAGAUGGAUAGAGAGUAAAUCUGAUUUUUAUGGUUGUAUUCCUAAGUUUGGAUGUAAUUAACCAGGAGUUAAUCGACAUUAUUGUAUUUAUAUGGCUUAACCUUGUUAAUGGGAUUCAGUGUUGUUAUAAUGUAAAUAAAUAUAAGACUAUGAAUUGAAUCUAAUUGAAUGUAAUGAUGCCAUCUCUAAGUUUUUAUGUGGUAAUAUUAGAACUAUGGGUUAAGAAUGCAUAUGGAUUGAUGAAGAUGAAAAAUGUUUAAAUGUUUUGAGUGUUCCUACUUUGAAACUAUUUACUACUUAUCCUUCUAAAUAUAUAGUAAAUCGUAAUCUUUGUAUGAAUUAUAAAGGAAAACAUAAAUAUGAAGAUUUUAAGUGUCCUAUAUAUUCAACUAAUGGAAAUUGUGUUACUGAAGAUCCUAGUGAAUUUAAUAAAGAUAUGUGUUUAAAAACAGAAAAAUGUCAUUGGGAUAUUCUAUAUUCUAAAUGUUCAUAAUAUUAAUUAAAAUCAAGUUGUGAAUAAAUGGUAAGUGUUUCAUCUGAUGCUUGCAGUUCAUUUAAUGAUUGUGUAUAUGAUUCAAUAAGUGAGAGUUGUAAGAUUUAAUCAUCUUAUACAAAUUGUGAUUCUCCAGGUUUAGCAAAAUCUAAAUGUUUAGCAUUAGAUUAAUACCCAUGUUAAUGGAUUCGAGGAUAAUGCAUUUAAGUAACUUAAUUUAGAGAAUUAUGUACAUCAUAUAGAAAUGUAAGUAAAUUAGUUUGUACUUCUUUGGAAACUCAAUUAUGUUAAUAUUCAAAUGGAAAUUGUUUUUUGGUUGAUGUUUAACCUACUGAUUGUUCUGAUAAUUAUAAUAGAUUUGCUUGUUAAUACAGCACAAAUAAAUGUUAUUUUUUUAAUAACAAAUGUUUAAUUUUUGCAAAUGAAUAAAUCAGUUGUGUAGGAUAUUACGUAAGUCAGAAAGCUUGUUAAGCAAUAACAACGCCUGGUUAAUAAUGUAUAUGGGAAUCUAAUUAAUGUGUAUAAAUUAAUAAACGAAUAAAUUGUUUAAAUGCAUAAUCUUAUAAGGUUAAUAAAUGGGCUUGUAUAGGAAUUGAAGCAGAGACUUCUGCUUAUUUAGAUGAUCAAUUUUAUUGUGAAUACGAUGAAACAACAUUAGAAUGUAAAUCAAAGAUUACUGAUAUAAUUGAUGAUUGCGGAGAAAAUUAAAAUUUGAAUAGAUAAAGAUGUAGUGGUUUUACAACUGGUAAAUUUUGUCUUUUUUAAAAUAAUAAAUGUAAUUAAGUAAAUUUGAAUCAUAAAUAUUGGGAUGAUAAAUUAGAUAAUAUUAAGUGUGAAUAAGCAAAUAAAUCUCUUUGUAGAUUUGUUAGAGGAAGAGUAUGUUAAUGGGUUUAAUAAUUAUGGUCUGGUUAUAAAGAUUAAAGAUGUGCAGAAGUUAAAAUUUUUAAUAUAAAAUGUUCUCCAAAUUCAUAUCCAGAAACAUAACAUUUUGAUCCACAAACCUAUAAUCCUUAAUCCUGUUCUGUACUUAUAUACUUAAGUGAUAUUGAGAGAUGUAAACCUUAAACAAAUCCAGCAACAUUAUAUACAGAAUGUAUUAUGGAUGAAACAAAUCCAUAAAACUAUUACCCUUGUGAUCAAUUAGGAAUUAGUCCCUCAAUUUGUAUUUCUACUACUUAUGGAAAAUGUGCUUAUAUUAAUAAUGUUUGUGUUCAAGCUCCUGAAUUUUCAGCUCCCUGUUCAACUCUAAAUAAAUAUGCUUGUUUAAACUCAAGAUAUUUAUGCUCACUUAUGUCUUAAUACUCUUUAACUUUUGACAUGGGAACAAUCCUCUUAGGCAAAUUAGUUACUUAAGUAUGUGAUACAUAAAUACCUAACUAAAACUGUGAAUCAUUUAAAUAUGAAACAUAAUCUUGGACAUUUUGUAGUUCAUUAUAAUAAUGUUAUGGUAGAUAAAAAAACUGUCUUAAGCUUUUAGAUAAUUAAAUUCCAAUAACAACAUGUGAUUCACCUGGGGUUAGUUAGUAUGUUUGCUUACAUUCUAAUAUGAUAUGUUAAUUUAGAAAUAAUCGUUGUUCAACAAUAUCUACAAAUAAAUGCGAAUUUGAAAAUAAUCUUGAAGAUUGUGUUUAAAAUUUAUAUUAUAAUUGUGUCUAUUCAAAUAACAAAUGUUAUACCUAAAAUUUAGUUACCAAAUGUGACAAAUAUAGUUAUACAAACAAGAAAUUCUGUAGACAAUAUUCCAAUUGUAGAUAUGAUUCCAAAACUUAUAAAUGUAUUGAUUUCGCUAUAUUGAUGGAUGUCUAAAAUAACAUAGUAAAUUAUAAUACAAAUUGUUCAACCUAUACAAAUUAGUUUGAUUGUUUGAAUUAAUGGAAAACUAACUGUCAUUAUAAUAAUAAUCUUUGUUCAGCACCAUCCACUACGCCCUCAAAUUGUCCUCAUUUAUAAUAAUACAGUAAAAUGAUCUGUCAAAAAUUUCAAGAUUGUGAUUUCAAAUUUGGAUACUAUUGUAUUGACAAAACUUUAACAAUAACUUGCGCAUAAUUAUCAGAAAAUAUUUGUAUUUAAGAUAUAGAUUAAAAUUUAUUAUGUUAUUGGGAUGGAACUUCAUGCCAAGAUAUCAAUACUUAAAUAUGUAGUGAUAUUUUAAAUAAAAAAAUAAAUUACUUUGGUUGUUAAAAAGUUAGUUAGAAUGAUAGUUCUAAAUGUUUUUAUUCCGAAGAAUAAAAACUAUGUAAAUUAGUCAAAGAAAUUAAUUAAUGUUCUGAUUUCAAUACAAAUAUUGAAUGUGCAUUAAGAGCAUAAGUACCAUGUAUUGUAGUUAGUCCAAACACAGAUAGUUCUAGCUGUAAUACAGCAACAUUAACAUAUAAUAUAAAUUUGAAUCAUUAUGGAUGCACUUAAUUAGUUGGUGAUAAAUAUAGAUAUGAUUUAUAUGAUUAUUAAUGUAAAUUAUUGGUUGGAAAAGAAAUGAUUGGAUGUGAAAAUUUGAAUAUUGAUGCAUGUAUAAAGAGUACAAGUAGUUAUUUGAGAUUAAUGUGUGGAUGGAUAGAUUAAAAAUGUUAAUAAAUAAAAGAUUUUUCAAAUAUAAAUGAUUGUACAAAGUUAAAUAAAUUUGCUUGUAUGAGAAUCGAAAAGAAUGAUUUAAUUUGUAAAUGGGAUGAUACAACAUUUUGUGGAACUUCAAGUGAAAGUUCAAAUUGUAUUUCAAUAUCCCCAACAAUACCAAUACCAAUAGCAAGUUCAGAUGCAUCAAAACCUUAUCCACCAAAACCUUAUGUAUAAGAAUAGGCUCCACAUAAUUCUUUAAGUUUAUGUAGUAAAGGGGAGAGUGGAAAAGCCUGUAUGUCAAAAGUAGGAUAAAAAGGUUGUGUUGAAUUUAAUUAUACAAUAGAGAUUUGUUCAGGAUUAGGAUUAAAUAAAAAAGCUUGCAUAGAAUAAACAACAGCAUAUUGUAUUUGGUAGAAUAAUUAAUGUUAAGAUUCAUAAUUAGAUAAUUAGAAUUGUAAUGCAGAAGUUAAUAAGAAAAGUUGUUUAGCUAUGAAUGAUGAAAUGUGUAAAUGGAAUGAUAGUACACAUUUAUGUUCAUCUCUUACAUUAGUUUAAUGUUCAGAUGCAACUACUUAUUUAUAAUGUAUGAAUGUACCAAAUAUGCAAUGUUAUUUUGUAAAUACAUGUUAAGAAUUAAAAAUAACGCCUUUAAUUUGUAAAUAAGGUUAUAAUAAAGUGGCUUGUAGAAAAGUUUAAAAUUAAGUAUGUUAAUAUAUUAAUAAUGAAUGUUCUCUUAUUGCAGAAUUUGAUUACUGGUAGAUUUGUCCAUAAUACAAAACUUCUUAAACAUGUCCUACUGCUACUUGUGAAUGGGAGAAUUCAAAAUGUAGAAUAAAAACUGAAUGUUUAAGUGAAUAAUAAUCAUAAACAAAUCCUCUUGAUGAAAUUCCUCUUAUGCUAAAUGUCUGCUCUAGAAUAAAAUUAUUUGCCUGCGUUUAAAUUUAUAAUAAAAUUGGAUGUAUGUAAAGUAGUCUAUAUUGUAAAUGGGAUGAUAUUUUAGGGUGUUCUUCAUUUAUAACGCAUUUAACUUAAAUUGUUUGUGAUGAUUCUUUCAAAUUUAAUAAAAAAGUAUGUGAUAAAUAUGCUCCUAAAUUUUGUGAAUUUAAAGAUGAUUCUUGUUCACCAAAAAUAUCAGAUUAUUAUUUUACAAAUAUCCCAAAUUAAACUUUAGCAAGUUCUGAAAUUAUUCAAGAUAUUGAAACUAAUACAUGUGAUUUUUAUGCUACAAGAGAAAGUUGUUUAAUUUCUACUAAAUAUGCAUGUAUAUGGAAUGGAUUAUGUUAAUCAAUAAAUAAUAAUGAAAAUAAUAUUAUUUAUUCUGAUCUCAAUUUAAAAGCAUGUAUUUUAUUUAAAUAAUAAUGGAGAUAAAGAUAAUGUUUUGAAACAAACUUUUUAUUUAAACCUAAUGAAGUUACUGAUGUAAAUGUUCAAAUGUGUGAUACUCAAUUUAUAUCGAAAUCUACUUGUAUUAAUAUAAGUUCUGAACCUUGUACAUUUAAUAUUAACACUAAUAAAUGUGAGAAAACUAUUAAUCUUAAUAAUAAUUGUUCAUAUUAUGAGAUUGUUAAUCAAAAAACAUGUUAACUUUUAAAAAAUUAUGCAUGUCAAUAUAGUGAAUAAGCAUUUUCAUGUGUUAGUGUCAAUUAAAAUAUAAUACCUUAAAACUUGGAUGGAAUAUCACUUAAAGCAUGCAUUUCUUUAUCUAUUCCAGUAUAUUGGAAUAAUGGAUGUAAAUAAGUAAAUCUAUUUUAAUGUGAUUUAAAUUUUAAAAGUUCACCAUCAGCUUGUGCAUUAUCAUUAACUCCGUGCAUUUAUGAUUAAUUAACAUCAAUGUGUAUAUCCAAAUUUAAUAUAAAUUCAAUAUUUUGUGAUAAUCCAGGAAUCAGUUAAGAACUUUGUACGUCAAUCAUUAGAUAACCUUGUAUUUUUAAAUCAAAUCAAUGUUAACUCAUAUCAAAUAACUUGUCAUGUAGUUAAGCUAAACUUGUUAAUCAAUUAGCAUGUGCAUCUUUAAAUUAAUCUUGUGUUUAUGAUACAUUAAAUAAAUCAUGUAAGGCUGUUAUCUAAGCUUAAAAAUGUUCAUCAUUUGGAUUAUCUAAAAAUGCCUGUCUCUUAAACCCAUCUUGCACUUUUAAUUAUGAUUAUACUUAAUGUUAAUGCUCAUACAUAGUUUAACCAUAAAUUUGUCAUAAACUUUCAAGUUCUAAUUGUUAAACUAAUCCAUAAUGUAUCUAUGAUGCACUCCUACAAGUAUGUAGACGUAAAUAUUGUGAAGAUCUAUAAAAGAAAUAAUGUGUAGGAUCAUUAGAAGGCAAAUAAUGUUAUCUAAAUGAUGGAGCAACUUGUUAAUCAGCAGCAAAAUGUGAAGAUAUCAUAAAUGUUAAUGAAUCUUUAUGUUAAGAUAUGUUCUUUGAUGGAUUUCCAUGUUUAGGUGCCAAUCGUAGAUGUUUUAGUUAAAAUAAUUUCUUGGAUUACUGUCCUAAUUCUGAUUGUACAAGUAAAAGUUGUAAAUACAACUAAUCAAAAGUAUGUUAAGCUUUAACAUGUUCUGAACUUGAUGAUUGUGCAAAAUUAGGAAAUCAUUGUCUAUAACUCUCUAAUGGCACAUGUAUUGAAAAUAAUAGUUGCUAAAGUCUAGAAUCAGAGAUAUGUAAUGGAGCCACUGUUAGAACUUAAGCAUAAUGUUUAUUACAGAAAUAUAAUCUUUAUCUAGAUGAUAUCAUGUGUACAUCAUAAGUCUGUGAAUUGUAUGGUAUUUCUGAUUUGUGUAAUGGAAAUGAAUACAAUGGAUUUACAUGUUUAUUAGUUGAUUAAAAAUGUCUUCCUUGUGAAUAGAUUCUUGAUGUUUGUACUUGCAUGGAAGCAACAGGUAUUUGCUUAUGGAAAAAUAACAAAUGUCGUUCAGUUUAAUGUAGUGAAUUUUUAGAUGAAGUUUCUUGUAACUCUUUAUCACGUUGUACUUGGAGUUAACCAAAUAAAGCAUGUCUAAUCCAUUGUAAUAAAGUCAUCAAUUCUGAUGAAUGUGAUUCUAGAACUUAAGAAUGCUACUAUGAUUUUGCCAUCAAUUAUUGUACCGCUGGUGUCUACUAAUCACCUAAUUUAUCUAUAGAAAUUAAUAUUUAAUCUACUUAUUAAAUAUAUCUAGCAUUAUCAAUUGUUAGUUACAUAUUAAUUUUAUGA